GGCGGCGACAGGCGGGGGCGGUGCGGGGCGGGCCGGGCCGGUCCCCGGCGCUAUAAAGGUUCCGGGGGCGGCAGCAGCGCGUCCCCUCCCGGCGGCGGCGGCGCGGAGCGGAGCGGAGCGGGCGGCGGUGCGGGCUGCGGUACCACCAGCAGCGGCGGCUUUGCGGGGCCGCGCCGGUGAGCGCCGCCGGGGCGGGGGGACGGGGCCGCGGACUCCGUGCGGGGCCGCAGCCGUCUGACACCCCAUCCCCCCGCAACUCUCCCCGCAGGUUUCGGCCACCCCCCGGACUCCCCUCCGGCUCUGCCCGUCCCUCCGCCUCCCUCUUCCCGCCCUCCCCCCCCCCGCCCCGUUUAGUUUUGUUUUUUUUUUUUUUUUAUCGCCUCCCCCGCCUCCCAUUUCUCCCAGCAACACCGCCCCCCCCCGCUCCGCGCCCCCCCCCCCGCCCCCCGCAGCAAGAUGGUGCAGAAGAAAUCAGAGAUCCCGGGUUUCCACCGCUCCUUCAAGGGACAAAACCCCUUUGACCUGGAGUUUGACCAGUCCAACCACCUGGAGCCCGUCUUCAACUUCGAGUGCCCGUCCCGACCCGACAUGCCUUCAAGUCAACCCAUCGAUAUCCCUGAUGCCAAGAAAAGGAACAAGAAAAAGAAGCGCUGCAGAGCCACUGACAGCUUCUCCGGCAGGUUUGAAGAUGUUUACCAGCUGCAGGAGGAGGUGCUGGGAGAAGGGGCCCAUGCCAGAGUCCAGUCCUGCGUUAACCUCAUCACCAACAAGGAGUACGCGGUGAAGAUCAUCGAGAAGCGCCUGGGACACAUCCGUAGCAGGGUCUUCCGCGAGGUGGAGAUGCUGUAUCAGUGCCAGGGACACAGGAACGUCCUGGAGCUGAUUGAGUUCUUCGAGGAGGAGGAGAGGUUUUACCUGGUGUUUGAGAAGAUGCGAGGGGGCUCCAUCCUGACCCACAUCCACCGGAGACGCCACUUCAACGAGCUGGAGGCCAGCGUGGUGGUGCAGGAUAUUGCCAGUGCCCUGCACUUUUUGCACAAUAAAGGAAUCGCACACAGGGAUCUAAAACCAGAAAAUAUUCUGUGCGAGAGCCCGGACCAGGUCUCCCCAGUGAAGAUCUGCGACUUCGACCUGGGAAGCGGCAUCAAACUCAACGGCGAUUGCUCCCCCAUUUCCACCCCGGAGCUGCUCACCCCCUGCGGCUCCGCUGAGUACAUGGCCCCAGAGGUGGUGGAAGCCUUCAACGAGGAGGCAUCCAUCUAUGACAAGCGCUGCGACCUGUGGAGCCUGGGCGUCAUCCUGUACAUCAUGCUGAGCGGGUACCCCCCCUUCGUGGGCCACUGCGGCUCUGACUGUGGCUGGGACCGGGGCGAGGCAUGUCACACCUGCCAGAACAUGCUCUUUGAGAGCAUCCAGGAGGGGAAGUACGAGUUUCCCGACAAGGACUGGGCGCACAUCUCCUUCGGAGCCAAAGACCUCAUUUCCAAGCUGCUGGUGAGAGAUGCCAAGAAGCGACUCAGCGCAGCCCAGGUCCUGGAGCACCCCUGGGUGCAGGGGUGCGCCCCAGACAAUACCCUGCCGACCCCCAUCAUCCUGCAGAGGAACAGCAGUGCCAAAGAGCUCACCUCCUUCGCCGCUGAGGCCAUCGCUGUCAACCGCCAGCUGACACGGCAUGACGAGGACGAGGAGGAGGAGGCGGAGGAGGAAGCACGACCCAUCAUCAUCAAAGCUACCUCACGGGCCAUGCAGCUCUCCCCCCCCUCCGAGUCCAAGCUGGCCAAGCGGCGGCAGAAGAGCAGCCUGGCCAAGGCGGUGGCUGCCGGGCAGCACCUGGUGGCCCCACUGGUCCUGGUGGCCGACCAAGCCUGAGCUGUGCCCCUCGGACCUGCUGUACCCUGUGUCCCUCUUCUUCCUUCUUUCUUUCUUCCCCGCGCCCUGCCCCCCCCACCACCCAAAACCCCACCGUUUCUGGCUAGUGACAAGAUCAGGACUCAUCCCUGUGGCUGGUUUCCAAGGUUUUGCUGAUCUUGUAGGUCUGGGGGUGGGAGGGUUUGUUUAAGAUCUUUCUUUUUUUUAAGGUAUUAAAUCAAGCGUGAGGUUGCUUCACCCAGGGCACACUCAAGAACAUCUGACAGACACACGGACUUUUGUUUCCCGACUCUUGGUUUCUCCUCUGACAUUUUUUCCCCCCUCCCGGACACCAAAGGACUCUUUGUAUCCGCGGCUGCUUUGACGAUUUCAGCUCAUUUCAUACUGUGAACAAAAGACCCUCGGUCGCGUUUUCAACAACGGGAGUCACGUUUUAACCUCGUCCCUCCCCUCGGAGCUGCAGGUCUUUCUCCGAUGUUGGGGUAGAUCCCACAACCCCCUCCCUCCCAGGGGCCCAAGAGGCACCUACUGGGUGCGGGGAGCCCCUCCGUCCCAUGCUCGGGGAUGUCCCCGGCUGCGCUUUGUGGGGACGCAGUGGGCAUUGUGCAGGGAACCGCUUGGGCUGGGGAGAUGGUGCCAGCGAGGGAGCAGUGCCCUGUCCCACCGAACCACCCUCUCUCCUCGGCAGCCCGUUUCCAGAAUAAGCUAUUCACCCCCUUUUUUUUUUUUUUUCUUUUUUUAGUUGUUCAUUUUAAACUGCUAGCUGUGCUUCUCUACAGGGCACGGAGAAAUGUCUUCCUUUCCUCCCAUGCUCCUGCCAGCAGCUCCCUGGGUGCAAGGUCAGAGCCGGGGGCGGGGGGGGGGGAACGACACACGGGACGGGACACAUGCAUGGGUGUCUGGGGCUGUGCUCUUGCGCCGGGUCGGGUGUUGCACCCCUGUUUUCAGAGGGGCUGCUCGCCAGUGGCUCUGCCGUCGUGGAGGCCCAAGAGGAGGUUGAGGUCUACAGGGUGGCCGGAGCAGCUAAAAAAAUCCCCACAAAACCCCUCUGGGAAUAGCAGGGAAAGCGAAGGACACCCCCUUAAAAAGUGUUGGGACCUGGCGCAGGGCAAUGUGACCUGGCAUGGCCUCGGGCUGGCCCCAAGGCUGCUGUGGCAGAGGGUCUGGGGACAGGGAGGGUGCCAAGGGAUGCCAGUGGGCAAGUGGCCGGGCUGGCGGCAGCCCCGGUGCAGGAGAGCAGCCCAGGAUGUGGGGCUGGAGGGUUUGGGGCCUGGGCAGCAGCGCCCGGUCAGUGCAGGGCUGACGGGGGAGAGCCGGGCGUGUGUGUUCACGCGUGUGCAUGUGUGUUCUUGCGUGUGCAUCCAUCUUCAUGUGUGUUCAUGCGUGAUGUUGCCCUUUCCUCGGAGCUUGCUUCAGGGAAGGGAGAGAAUGCGCGUAGGGAAAGGACUCGGAAUGCUGGAUUGGGACGAGGCCCUUGUUUGGGUUCUGCCGUGCAGGGCUGGAUCUGUCCGGGUGAGCAGUGCCUGUGCUGGGUCUCCAGCUCCUCCAAACACCCCCUGCCCCACACACCAAACCGCCGCUCCCCACCAUUGGGUGCUGCCGAGCUGCGCCCAUUGCCCUCCCUGCGUCUCCCAGGCCAGUGCAGUGGGAGGGAGGGUGCCCCCUCCGUUAGCCGUCUCCUCUCCCUUCCAAAACUCAAUGCUUUGGGCUUUAUAUUUUUGCAAAGCAGCCUCGGCCAGUCGCAUGUGCAGGGGAAGGCUUUGGGAGCUUCUUAGAGCUGGGGAAGAGACUUCCCCGGGUCUUCAGCUGAAGAGAGUCCCUGUCUCGGGGCGGGGGGAGUUCUCAUUUUUAUUUUAAGACUGCUGACAGCAAUACUAUGCAAUAUAUGUUGGGGUUUUUUGUUUCAGGGAGGUGUGUGUGAGUUAUCUCGGGAGACGAUGAUCUCGGGUGUUGAUGGAGUUUGGGGCAGGGACUGUCUUUUCUUGCCCCCCCCUCCAGGGAGGGCAGGUAUCCCCCCCCCCGCCCACAACCACCUUGCACUUGAGAUCUUCCCUCUCCCCCGGUGCCCCCAGUCCCACUGCACAGUGUAGGGAGGAGUGGGGUGGUGGCGAGGGGAGGCCCCCCCCCCCAGACCCCACAGGCACUGGGAUACCCGGGAGAGGCCUCCUUUAAAGGAAAAAAAAAAAAAAUCCAUCUUGAUUGUACAUUGUUACUUUUUAUAGCUUAUUUUGUUUUAUCAGUUGUAGAUAAUUCCUUGUUGUCUUAUAUUAAGAAAUACUUGAAUGAUGUACAGUACGCGAUGCCUUGAGCUGGUAUUGUGAAAGCUAUUGUUAAUGCUGCACGCCGCAGCCUUUUUUUUUGGUUUUUUUUUUUUUUUUUAAAGAAAAAAAAAUUUGUGGGAAGGGGCUGGCGGGGGGCUGUCUCUGAAAUUUUUUUUGUUCCCCCUGUGCUUUUAUUGGCAAACUGAGUUUCCCUCCUCUUCCCACGCAUAAGACCUAUCCCAUAUCUACGCGUACACACACACACACACACACACACACUCUCCUGAUGGCUGGCUCAGGGCCUGGGCCACCUGCGCUGUGCAGGAGCUCGUCCCCAUGGUUGUCCUCGUCCGGGGAUGCCGGCGGGUGCUGCGGGUGUUUGCAUGGAGGGGAUGGACCUGCCAGGGGCAGGCGCGGUGGGGGGUGAAGCAUCCGAGCUCUUUGCAGGUUGCUCAGCCCAGGUUUGGCUUUGCAUUUUGGUUUGGGGGUUCCCCUCGAGGGGGCGGGACCCAUGUCACUGGGGUGGCGACCCCCCCCAGCAGCUGUGGUGUGUGCGUGGCAGGGGCCCUGUGUUUAGAGAGCGUCCUUAAAUGCCUUUAGAGCCGGGGGAUCAACUCUGAAACGCCUCUAGUCCUCACUCGUGGUGGUGUUGGGCACCCCUGGGUGCCUCGGCAGCGUGGGGCCGGCACCGCAGCGGGCCGGCUGGGGAGAUGCUCGUGCUGGGGCUGGACGUCCCCUCCCCACUGCCAGCGCCUCUCCCGGGGUGGUUUUCCAGACAGAUGCUCCCCGACCUGGGCUCCAGCACCAGCGAACCCCUCUCGCCAACACCCUUCUGCCUCCUCUUCCUCUUUCAAAGCCUUUCCUCCACUAUAGAGCAUCUGUCUUGGAAAUCAACUUUGAAAAGUUGGGUUUUUUUUAUUUUAAGCUGGAAAUUUUAAGCGUUUUGGCUUCCUCUCCUUCCCCCCUGCCCUUCCUUCAGCUGACUAACUCGACUUAGAACUGGUUAGAAACGUUUACUGUGAAGCUAACUCUUUUUUUAUCAAAACAGGAGAAACUUUCUCCUCUUUACAACUGAUGAAGACUGCCAAAGCUGGUUUGACAAGAGUCACGUUAACACGCUGUUGGUUUGUACAAUGGCAGUCUCCACUCGGGGGCUGGCUGGAAAGUAAAAAUGAAAAUGGGGAAAAAAAAAAAAAAACUGACAAAAAAAGGAAAAAAAAAAAAAACAACAACACAAAAACAAGCACUUUACUGUAUGUACCAGGUGAACUGAUACAGCUGAAUUGAAGUUUUCCUUUAUAACAAUUGUUGAUGCCAGAAUUUUGUAUUCUGUUUUGUAAGAAUUUAAUAAAAAUGCAUUGAGACCUA